UACAGAUCUGUGACCUCUCUUCUUCUAUUGUGAGAAAGAGAUCAACAAAUGGAGACAAAGAGCGAGGAGAAGCUAAGUGUCAUCGAACUACUAAAACGAGCUCUUAAGCUACUCUUUGGUAACAUCAAUCUCGCUCUCUUCCUCUUUCUUUGCUCUCUCCCACUGUUUUGUUUCUUGAUCUUCUUCGAGCUCUCCCUCCAAACCACUGUCUCACUCGCUUCCACAUACAUCUCCAAACUAGUCAAUUCUGAGGAGGACUUGUCGGAGAAUGAUCUUCUUCCUUGGCUGAUUCAGACAACUCUGCUCUACUUCUUUCCCUAUACUAUUCUUGACCUCCUUACCACCACCACGAUCGUUGCAGCAUCAUCGAUUGCUUACACAUCUGAGGAAGAGCCGUUAGGGUUGCUUUAUUUGGUAGGGAGAUCUUUCAAGCUAUGUCAGAACAAAGUAGGAGGUUGUCUGAUCACAUCUCUCUAUGUCCUUCUCUUGUCGACCUCUGUUUUCCUCGGUUUGUUCUCUGGUUCGACCAUCUACUUAUAUUUUGCUUCUCUCACACUCGAACAACAAAUAUUCUUUAAUCAAGCAGUGGUGCAAGACCAAAGAUUCCUUGAACAAGCAGUGGUUCUGUUGGAUGUGGUGGUAGUUCUGAUUCAUGGUACUGUCUUCAUAGUUCUGGCUGCAAAGUUCAGCAAGUGGAGCGCGGGAUGGAACAUUAGUAUGGUUGUUUCGGUCUUAGAAGAGGAAGAAGAUAGUAAAGGCAUCUAUGGAAGUAGUGCUCUGUCUCUUUCAGCUUGGUACUUAAGAGGACAAGAGAAGCGUGACUUCUGGAUGAUGCUAGUGUUCUUGGUCGGCGCUCUUGUGACAAGGAUGCCAUGUUUAUACUACAAAUGCAGUGAAAGUCUGAGUGGGAAUGGAGUGUUGUACACUGGUCUCUAUGUAAGUUUGAUUUGUGUUGGGAAUGUCGUUAAAUGGGUUUCUUGUGUUGUUUGGUACCAUGAUUGUAACACAAGGGUCUUGAGGAAAAAGGGUGACGUGGAGAUUGGGUCAAAAGCUUUUGCUACAUAGAGAAAUUGUUUGUGAGUUGUGACCAAAUCUUUAACAAUUUCUCUAUCACCAAUAGCUUUUGCUCUCUACUUGAAAUAACAAAUUGAAGUUUAAUAGUUCUCAAAUCAGAAGACACUUCUAGUAAAACCCUACUAGUCAAACAUUACCAUACAGUGGCUUGUAGAAUAAGUCAACAAGUC